CUGGAGGGCGCGCCUGCGCGCGGCGGCACCGCGCGUGCGCACCCCGACCGCCGCGGGGGGGCGCUGCGGCAGCCGCUGGCGCUGAGGGAGGGCGCGGGGGCGGGACCGCCGUCGGCUCCGGGGUCCGCCCGCGGGGUGUGUAUCCUCGGCCUCGGCCGUACCUGCCGUGCGGGUUUGUCGUGCUUGCCGCGGGGGAGGCCGUCUCUCGGCUGGGAACCGCGUCUGCCCGCCUCGGGCGCUACCAUUUUGUGCUGCUACAGCCCCGGCGGUGAACGACCGGGGAGUAGGCCCAACGGCCUUCCUCCCCCCCCCCCCGGCCUCCCCCGCAACCCGGUUGUUUUUCUGGGUUGGUUUGUUUGUUUGGGUGACGCUUUGUUCCCGUAUUUAGCAAAAAGGGGCGGCAACAGCCUUGGAAUGUCGGGGAUUUGUCGGCCGUUGCCCCCGGGCAGGAGUAUCGGCGGGGCCCGGCCGUGCCUGGCGGUGUCACAUACACGCGUUUAGGCGGUCACCGGUCCGGCCACACCACACGAGUAGGCGCGCAGGGUGGAAGCCACCUCCGCUGGCAGCAGCAGAAGCCCAGCUCACCUUCAGACCGUAGCACUGCGAAGGAGAACCUCUGCAAACUUUUCUCAAUGACUCUAUAGCCAACUGAUGUAACAAUGGUACUAAUCUUGGGACGCAGACUGAAUAGAGAGGAUAGCGGGAUACGAGAUUCCCCUGCAACCAAGCGGAAAGUUUUUGAAAUGGACCCAAAAUCGUUGUCAGGCCCUGAGUUUUUUGACUUCUCCUCGGGAUCAUCCCAUGCUGAAAGCAUACUCCAGAUCUUCAAUGAAUUUCGAGACAGCCGGUUGUUCACGGAUGUCAUUAUCUGUGUGGAAGGCAGGGAGUUUCCCUGCCACCGCGCGGUUCUCUCAGCCUGCAGCAGCUACUUCCGAGCCAUGUUUUGCAACGAUCACAGGGAAAGCAGAGAGAUGUUAGUGGAGAUCAAUGGCAUUUUUGCUGAAGCUAUGGAUUGCUUUUUACAGUACGUAUACACUGGCAAGGUGAAAAUCACUACGGAGAACGUGCAGUAUCUCUUUGAAACAUCAAGUCUCUUUCAGAUUAGUGUUUUGCGUGACGCCUGUGCCAAGUUCCUGGAAGAACAGCUGGAUCCUUGCAAUUGCCUGGGAAUCCAGCGCUUUGCAGAUACGCACUCACUCAAGACGCUGUUCACCAAGUGCAGGAAUUUUGCACUGCAGACAUUUGAGGAUGUGUCCCAGCACGAAGAAUUCCUCGAACUGGGGAAGGAUGAGCUUAUUGAUUACAUUUGCAGUGAUGAACUGGUCAUCAGUAAGGAAGAGAUGGUGUUUGAAGCUGUCAUGCGCUGGGUGUACCGGGCGGUUGAGUUGCGAAGACCAGUGUUACACGAACUUCUGACGCAUGUCAGGCUCCCCUUGUUACACCCAAACUACUUUGUUCAGACUGUGGAAGUGGACCAGCUGAUUCAGAAUUCCCCGGAGUGCUAUCAGCUCCUGCAUGAAGCCAGGCGAUACCAUAUCCUUGGGAAUGAGAUGAUGUCUCCCAGAACUAGGCCACGCAGAUCAACUGGUUAUUCUGAGGUGAUAGUUGUUGUUGGAGGCUGUGAACGAGUUGGAGGGUUUAAUUUGCCAUAUACUGAGUGCUACGACCCCGUAACAGGAGAGUGGAAGUCACUGGCUAAACUUCCAGAGUUUACCAAGUCUGAGUAUGCAGUGUGUGCUCUACGGAAUGAUAUUCUUGUUUCAGGUGGAAGAAUCAAUAGCCGGGAUGUUUGGAUUUAUAACUCUCAACUCAACAUUUGGAUCAGAGUUGCCUCCUUAAAUAAAGGCAGAUGGCGUCAUAAAAUGGCUGUUCUUCUUGGUAAAGUAUAUGUUGUUGGAGGAUAUGAUGGGCAAAACCGUCUCAGCAGUGUUGAGUGUUACGAUUCAUUUUCCAAUCGAUGGACAGAGGUGGCUCCCCUUAAAGAAGCUGUGAGCUCCCCAGCAGUCACCAGCUGCGUGGGCAAACUCUUCGUGAUUGGUGGUGGUCCUGAUGACAACACGUGUUCUGACAAGGUUCAGUCUUUCGAUCCCGAUACUAAUUCUUGGCUACUCCGUGCAACUAUCCCUAUCGCAAAAAGAUGUAUUACGGCUGUGUCUUUAAACAAUCUGAUCUACGUUGCUGGUGGGCUCACCAAAGCAAUAUACUGCUAUGAUCCAAUUGAGGACUACUGGAUGCACGUACAGAAUACAUUCAGCAGACAGGAGAAUUGUGGCAUGUCUGUGUGUAAUGGAAAAAUCUAUAUCCUUGGUGGAAGAAGAGAAAACGGUGAAGCCACAGACACUAUUCUUUGUUAUGACCCUGCAACGGGCAUUAUCACAGGAGUAGCAGCCAUGCCCAGGCCAGUAUCAUACCACGGCUGUGUGACGAUUCAUAGAUAUAAUGAAAAAGGCUUUAAACUGUAAUUUUUUUUCUCGAAAAAAGAAGAUGGCAUGAACGAAUCCAGUGGUCUGCUGCAAGACAGGCUUUUUAAAGAUUCCUGAAGUGGGAAAAUGCCCUUUCCCUACAUACGUGUCAUAUGAAAAUUGUAUCCUGUGCCUUUUAGAAAAAAGAGUUAAUUUAACUUACAAAGCAAGUCUACAAAUCUAUCCAGUAACCAGAGUUCAGUUUUACCUGCUGUGGGCUCUGAUAUGAGAGCAGUAAUCAUACGUUGUACUAGUAUUCAGAAAGUUUGCCCUAUGUGUGAUUAGUAAUUAAAAUCUUGGAAGCCUUGUGCGGAAAGUGCCUUCACAAGUAUUUGUGCCUGUGUCCUAAGAAGUGAUAUCUGCAAGGUGUUCAGGUUCUGCUAAUUGGAAAAAUAAAUAGGCGAGUAAAUUCCAAAGAAUCACCUAGGAUAAUUACCUACAAUUUUUAAAAAGCUUACAUAAUUAUAAUCUAUAUGCACAGCAAUUCUUAUAAGCAGAUUGCUUGGCUUACAAGCAGAUCAUGCAUUGCAAACCAACCCAAACAAAACAAGCUACAUAGGACAGACAUUAGAAUCUUUGAGCAAUGCUUUUUUCUGAAGGAGAAGCUGUAUUUUAGUGAGCCACUGCAACAUUUUGAAGUGAUGAUUGCGUACCUUAACACUAUGGACCUCAUUCAUAGUGUUGCUAAAAGUUCAUCAGAAGUACAAGGCUAACAGGACAUGGAAAACUAGUGACUGCUGGGGCGUAGGCAUGCAUCUGUGAAGCAAACUUCAAAUCCCAGUUCUUAACUUUUUUAAUAGUAUGGCUGAAGUCUGAAAGUUACUGGGUUUGUUCUUUGCUCAUAGUGAAGUCUCUCUAAACUAUUGAAGGAAUAAAGGGUGAUGAACUCUGGAUUCUUCUGCUUUUCUGAAUCCCGUUAUAUAAAUUACCCGGUGGUAGAGGUUGUGACUUGGGUUGCACCCUACAGCUUGUAAAUUGGUCUUUGGGAUAGCUCAGCUGCAGAGAUGGCAGAGUACCCGCCAAGUGUUUCUUGGCCUUUCUUCAGACAAUCACUUACUCUAGCACAGUUAAACUACUGUAUAAGCUGCUUGGCCACAGAUAAAGAAGUUCUGGGAAGGUCCCUCCUCUCACCAGAAAAAUAUCUGUGGACCUGUCCACGUAGCCAUAUGAGGUAACUCCCACGUAACAUGUGUUGGCUAAUUUUGAAGCCUAGGAAGCACCUGUAUUUUGACCACCACUCCCCUUUUUCUUUUUUUUUUUUUUAAGUCCUCCCUCGAUUUCUGUCCUAGGUUGCUUUAUUUCCAGUACAGAGUUGUAUAGUUGAGGCACAAGUUCAUAAAAACUGAAAUAGCACUUGAGAGUUGGAAAAUUAAUAGGAUUGUCUGUGUACCAAUUUCCUGUUAAGCACCAAAAACCUCAGGAACUGCCUUUCAAAGGAAUUCUGAGGACAGCAGCCAGUAGGGAAGUUGGUCAGUGCCAGGGUAGGGGAAAAAAAACAAACCAUAAGGCCCCUGCAGAGACAGCCCUGGCCUCAGGGCUCUGGUCUCCGUGCUUGCUCAGGAGGGUGAAAACAAGCACCAUCUCUGGGACGUCAUUUGUUCCACUGGACUUUCUUCAUCCGUUUUCCCAGAGUAUUUCUUCAUGAGGUGGAAAUUCUGACCCUCAGUGAAGCUGUGCCAAACUGGGAGUCAUCAUUUUAAGUGACAUAUGGUCAUGACGUUUAAAGAGCACUGGGAGCUGCACUUUGUGAUGCAUUAACUUGUAACCUCAGGAAAGGACACAAAUUUCAGUUUCUGGCUGAAUACCAAACACUGCUUUGUAUAUGUUAAGAAUACUGGUAAAAUAUGAAUCUCUGCGUAUCAGUGAUGUAAUUAGGGAGUCGGUCCCUGAGCAUGAACAUAUAUACUGCCCUAAAAAGAAAGUCCCUCGGUAGUGUAAGACAAAUCAAUUGGAUAAAUUAAUCCUUUUCUGAAUUUCUUGUGUUUCUGCUCGCCAAGCAUUACUUUGAAAAGGUAAUUUCAGUACCUGUGAAUAAGGUCCGUUGAUAGCAAUGGUAAUUGCCCAGUAACUGAUAUUAUAUACUAACACUGUAUAUAACUUGCGCCAUCAUUGUAAAUGAAAAUGUAAAAAAAAUAAUAUAGGAGCACUUCAUUAGAGAUGCAAUUUGAAAAAUACUACCCUUUCCUUCGAUUUCCUUCUUGUUUGUGUUGAGACUUGUAAUGUUUGUCAUACUAAACUGUUUUUAAGCAUUCUUUAUUCUGUAGGUGUAGAACAAUGACAUCUAUGUAUACAUAUCUUUUAAUCUGUGUUUAUAAUACUGCAGUACUCUGUAAAUAACAAGAUACUGCUUUCUAUGAUUUUGAAGAUUCAUUUUAUAGUUUAGUUGUCUUUUCUUAACAAUUCAUGUACUGUUACGGUUACGUAUUACUUUGGAAAGUGACUGUGUUUAAUGAACCAGUAAAUGCAGAAACAUAGAUGUAGAAGAAGACUUCUGCUUACAAUUCCUGAGAACCUGUAUUCAGUUAUGCAGUGCUGAAGAGUUACAUGUGUGGAGCAUUGCUAAAAUGGCAGUUACUCAUGCAAUGAUUCCCUUAAAACAAGCAGUGGAUUUUAUUAUUUUUUUUGCUUGUUAACUCUGUAAAUAAUUUGCACUUACUAUUGUUCUGUUAGAACAAUUAUUUUUGGAUGUACUAGAAAAGAACAAUUCACCUCUGGUUUAAUGAAAACUAUUUUUCUAGAAGGAUGCGUUAGCUUGGAAGUCUCAUUCCUGAGCCACCUGUUCCCCGAUGCAUUUCACUUGUGUAUAGAUGAAUUCAAAGAUUUAAAUUCUCACUAUUAUGAAUAUCUACCUGCUUGCAGUUUAUGGGCUUGAGCAGCAAGGUGGGGGUGGGGUCUCAGCUAGGAGAGAAAAUUAUUAAUGUUGUCUAGUAUAAUCAAAAAGAUUUCCAUCAUAAAUGGUAAUAGGUUUGGUAGCUCCACUCUAGAGACACCUGCACAAAGAUGUAACUUCAGUCUAAUCAUACAUGGGAAGGGGGCUCACGUAUCUCCAAAGUCAUACCGAAAAAAUAAAUUCUAAGACUUGUCUGAUAUUGCACUCCAUUAAACAGAUAAUUAUCUUUAAAGUAUUUCACUCUUAAAAAGAAGUGAGAGUAAACGUUUCCCUUUUCCAUUUUGACGUCCACUUCAUGAGUUACAUUCUUCUGUUCUUAGCAAUGCGAUGUUAAUUGAAAGGAAAGUUGAUGCUUCUUUGCAGCCUGGCUUCAAGAAGGUGCUGAGUAGAUAACUCCAGUACUGCAGUAUAGUGCAGCAUAUAGCCUUCUGCUUUUACAGUACCGUGCAUUCCCUCAUUUUACAGCCAUCAAGCAUGUAACAUUGCCUGGUAAUCGUUUAGUUUUACCUGUAGGCUCCAUUCUUGGUAGUACUUAAGGAGCAUAACUUGUGCAUUCUCUUCUGUUUGUACCAUCAGGUGGUUCACUUUAUGGUAUGUGCCUGGUAUGUGUUUUGAGGAUUAGGCACUGUGCUUUCAACUCUAGCACCAAGGGUCCAGAGUUCUACUGUUUAUUUUUUUGUUUUAAUUAGCACCGAUGCAGUUCUUAUCAAAGACUGCUUUUGCUUCUACUCUCUGAAUUACAGAUAUCUUUAAUGCAGAUUAUGAUGGAUAUGGACCCUUAUGAUAAUUUACUCAAGCUUUUUAAAUGAUACUUUUAAAACUGCAAAUUUUUGAGAGAGGCUGAUGAUGUAGGAAGAGGAGGUGCUCACCUUGACAAAGGCUCAUAGAGGAAGCUUUGGUCACUUGUGCUUGAGAACUCCAGCUUCUUCCUCAAAAUAGUUGAGUUCACCAUGUUAUCUUAGAUAAUUACUCAGUUUAUCCUGCUUUUGUUUUAUUUGACCUAAAAGGACAAAACAAGAAGCAGUCUGGCUCCCUUUGACUUCAUGUUUCCCUCCUGCCCCAGGCACAGUGAUGUGCUGGAGCUAUCGCUUUCGAGAGGUACGCAGAGCUGUGAACUUAGUCCAGCUCCAGAGAGACAAGAGAGAAACUCCUGGGGGGUGAGAAAUGGCGGGAGGAAAGGCAGUGCGUGCAUUUGGCUGGGCGUCCUGAAACCAAGAUGCUCUGGAUCCUCCUAAGUUUGCAAUUCCAUAUGCUGAAACUUGGGCGAUAAAAAUAAUUAAUGUUGGUCAACUCCCUGAACUCAGUUGGAGUGAUAAAGAUGCAUAUAUGGUCAUGGUCUUCUAGUGGCAAUCUUCGAGAAAGCCAAAGGUUCGUUUUUCCUAAUUGCCCAACUAGGCAACUAUACAUGGGCUUUUUCUACCACUGAAGCUGGCAAAAGCCAGUUCGAGAGCAUUAAGAAACUUACACAACUUGAUCACUGUGAGGCAAAACAAAUGUUUUCGUCUGAAUGCGGUCUCAUGCACACAAGAAAGAACAAAUUAAAUGUUUUGUUGUGCCUGGUUAAAAAAAAAAUCUGAGCAAUAUAUACUCAGAAACGGAGUCUACAAGGUAAAAUGAGGUUUUUUAAGCAGAAAUUUGCUGUCCUUGGCCUGCUGGCCAAGGAGUGAUUUAUUAUUUUUUUUAAUAUGUCUAGCACACAGGUUUCCUCAGUGUUGAAUUAUUUCAGGUGGCAUUAAUAAAAAUGGAUGUUGCUGUCAGUUUAUCAUGAUUGUAUCAGUGCCAUGAGCAUUGCCACAAAACAGUAAGCAGCCUCCUACCAACCCCAGGCCAGAUGUGUGAAUCACCUGUUCUCUGCCCCCUGGCCUCUCAUCAGCUGUCUUCCAUAACUAAUGUUACACAUAAAUUCAUGUUACUGAAAGUAUAUAGGCCUGAUAACGUUGCUGUCUAAGAACUCUAUUUGCAGGAACAUUUCUUUUUUCUUCUACUGUAGUGCUCCAGUCUCUGCUCAUAUGUUUAUGUGUGCACAUCUGUGCCUGUGAAUAAUUCUGUGAUCAUUUUCUGAUAAUGCUGUUAGAAGUAAUGCACAUAAAAGCUCCUGUGUACAGCAUGUUGAUAAUGUAAUUAUGGCUUACUCUGUAUUAUUAGUUCCAAAGAAAAUAAUGUGUGUUAAUUUUGAAAAUACCUGUGCCUUGAAUUCAUCUAUAUUUUUAUCUAUUGUGAUAAAGAGCUUGGAUUACUUCUCCCGCUUUGUUAUCUGUAUUAGGAUCGGUCUUACUGUCCAGACUGUUGAUGUCCUUCUAAGAGAAAUAAAUCUUGCCAUUCAUUAACUAGAAUAGUUAAACCUCUUGUUUAGAAUAUGCCUAGAAUGCUUCCAUUAUUACAAUGCUAUGGCAGAUUUAAUCUAGGGAAAAUCAGUAUUUGUUUUUUCCUAUUUUUUGUUUCCAGCACUCCUCAGUGACAAAGGAUUUGAGUUCAGUCUUUGACUUCCUGUCCUUAACAUGUACAGUUUCUUUGAUUUAGUCAGUAGCCUCUAUGGUAUUUCUGAACACUCCAACUUGUCAGUCAUGAACCUCUUGUUCAAUAUACGUAAUACGAAGCAAUAAUAUGGUGCAGCAUGGCAAUAAGCAAAAUCAAGAGACUUGAAUGUAAUGUACCAUUUCAUCUGUGUAAAUGCUGGACCUAUGAGUCAUUCUCCUUUUGGUGCACCUGUAGCAAUUUGGAGUCAGAUUAAUAGGAGCUACUUGGCCAUGGAAAGAGUAUUUACCUCCUGGACUGUUACUUAUAUUUUAUCUUCACCUGAAAUCAUGUUGUGAUUUUCCUUUUUUGCUGAGAAAGACAGCAGUUUGUGUUUUUCCUUGCCAGUCCCUUUAUCUACUGAAACAUAAAGGGUGUGGUUCCUUGAAGAGCUGAUCCUGUCUUCAAGAACAACCUGGUGCAGCACAAAUGACAUUUGAACAAAAAAAAAAAAAAGUGCAGACUGCUUGCUGUGUGCCAGAGUCAAUGUAACAUUAUCUCGCAUAUAACAUUAAGGUCUUCAGAUUGUGCUGACAGUAGAAAAGUGAUUUUGUAAUGUAGCGCAAUUGCAAUAACACCUGUUAUAUUUAAAUAUAUAUUUCUUGCAUAAUUCUUUGAAAGUUUUUUAAAGUUCAGUGUACCUAAUAAACAUUUGCUUUUUGAGUA